AUGCCAUUGGUCUUUGCGAUUAUUGUCGCGGCGGCUUCGCAGUUCCUGGUUGGUUAUAAUACGGGUGUCAUGAACUCACCGUCCAAAGUUGUAUUCCCUGGACACUCGACCUUGUCGUGGUCGUUGGCAGUGGCGGCCUUUGCUGUGGGAGGCCCAUUCGGUGCCCUUGUGGGCGGCAAAAUGGCCGAUCAACGCGGACGUCGUGGUGCCCUCCUCAUUGAUACGUGGACUUUUUUACUUGGAGGUAUCAUUCAGGUCUUUGCGCUUGAUAUGGUCACAAUCAUAAUUUCGCGAUUGAUCAUUGGCUUCGCGAGUGGCUAUAGCUCGGUAUUGGUGCCGAUUUAUCUGGGGGAACUGGCUCCGCCAACCCUGCGUGGCAUGCUGGGCACGAUCACUCAGUUUGCCAUGGUCUUGGGCAUUCUAGUGUCCAACUUGUUGGCCUUCCCCCUUGCCACCGACGAUAAGUGGAGACUUUUGUUUGCGGUAACUCCGGCGAUUGCCAUUAGCCAACUUCUCUUGGCGCCUUUCUUAUUAGAAUCUCCUCGAUGGUUGCUGGGUCGGGAUUCGAAAUCACUAAAAGCUCGAUAUAUUAUCAAGCGUUUGCGAGGGUUGCGAUACGAUCACGAAGUGGAGACCGAAGUGGGCCAUUUUAUGAUGGGUGGUGUUGCCCAGCGUCAAGGGCAGACCUCUCAAAUCGCGGUUCUCCGGGAAAUGUGGGGACAGAGCAAAACGAGGCUUUUGCUUUGCUCCUCCCUGGUGUUGCAAAUGGCGCAGCAAUUCUCCGGAAUCAACGCGGUCUUUUACUACUCCACUGCUUUCUUUGAAGGAGUGAUUGAAGACCCUUUGGUGGGAACAACAAUUGUCGGUGCUGUUAAUGUCCUCGCAACAUAUGCUGUUUUGUUCCUGAUGGAUCGAUGUGGUCGAAAGACUUUGAUCUUGUGGUCGUCGGCUGGAAUGUUCUUUUCCUGUAUUGUCAUUGUUUUGUCGUUGCUCGGCCACCUGAGCAAUAUGUUUGCUCUAGUUGCCGUAAACGUCUACGUCAUUUUCUUCGAGUUCGGGCUUGGGCCAAUCCCGUGGCUGGUUGUGGCGGAAAUGUUUUCUGGACAAUACGUGGCUGCCGCAAUGGGUAUCAGUUCUCAAGUCAAUUGGGCUUGUAACUUCAUCGUUGGACUCAUCUUUCCCACAAUGAACGAAAAGCUUGGAGCGUAUUCUUUCGCGCCAUUUGCGGUAGUUUUGCUGCUGACCUUUGUGUUUGCCGCUACCAUAUUGCCCGAAACCCAGGGUAGCUCGCCAGAGGAGCUG